GGAGGAAGAAGAAAGCACCACAAACCCUCGCCCCCCACAGAGCCGCAGCGCCGCCUCAGUCCCCGAGCGCGCGAUCCGCCCUUCCAGAGGCUCCUCCUUCCUCCGGGGGGCGCUCCGGUCCGGCGGCCAUGGCGCUCGCCUUCGACGAGUACGGCCGGCCCUUCAUCAUCCUCAGGGAGCAGGAGAAGAAGUCGCGCCUGCAGGGCCUCGACGCGCAGAAGGCCAACAUCGCCGCCGGCAAGUCCGUCGCGCGCAUCCUCCGCACCUCCCUCGGGCCCAAGGGCAUGGACAAGAUGCUCCAGUCGCCCGACGGCGACGUCACCAUCACUAACGAUGGGGCGACCAUCCUUGAGCUAAUGGAUGUCGACAACCAGAUCGCGAAGCUGAUGGUGGAGCUGUCACGCAGUCAGGACUAUGACAUCGGUGAUGGUACCACCGGGGUGGUCGUCAUGGCUGGGUCGCUCCUGGAGCAGGCUGAGAAGCUGCUGGAGCGUGGUAUUCACCCAAUAAGGGUCGCUGAAGGCUAUGAGAUGGCGUCAAGGAUAGCUGUUGAUCACCUUGAAAGCAUCUCCACCAAAUAUGAGUUCAGUGCUACAGACAUUGAGCCUUUGGUGCAGACCUGCAUGACAACUUUGUCCUCAAAGAUUGUUAGCCGUUGCAAGCGGGCGCUUGCUGAGAUUGCUGUCAAAGCAGUCCUUGCAGUUGCUGAUUUGGAAAGGAAGGAUGUAAAUUUGGACUUGAUUAAAGUGGAAGGUAAGGUUGGUGGGAAGCUAGAGGAUACUGAGCUAGUUCAAGGAAUCAUUGUUGACAAAGAUAUGAGCCACCCCCAAAUGCCGAAGAGAAUCGAGGAUGCUCACAUCGCCAUUCUUACUUGCCCGUUUGAGCCCCCGAAGCCUAAGACCAAGCAUAAGGUUGAUAUUGACACUGUAGAGAAAUUCCAGACACUGCGUGGGCAAGAGCAGAAAUACUUCGAUGACAUGGUUCAGAAAUGCAAGGAUGUUGGUGCAACACUAGUUAUUUGUCAGUGGGGGUUUGAUGAUGAAGCCAAUCAUCUACUAAUGCAAAGAGAUUUGCCGGCUGUCAGAUGGGUUGGUGGUGUUGAAUUAGAGUUAAUUGCCAUUGCUACAGGUGGGAGAAUUGUUCCGAGAUUCCAAGAGUUGAGCACUGAAAAGCUUGGGAAGGCUGGAUUAGUCAGAGAGAAGUCAUUUGGAACAACAAAAGAUAGGAUGCUUUACAUCGAGAAGUGUGCCAAUUCCAAAGCUGUAACUAUUUUCAUCCGUGGUGGCAACAAAAUGAUGAUUGAGGAGACCAAGCGAAGUAUCCAUGAUGCUCUUUGUGUUGCAAGGAAUCUGAUUAUCAACAACUCAAUUGUGUAUGGUGGUGGCUCAGCAGAGAUAUCUUGCUCGAUUGCUGUUGAAGCUGCUGCAGAUCGGCAUCCUGGAGUUGAGCAGUAUGCAAUCAGGGCAUUUGCUGAUGCUUUAGAUGCUAUUCCACUGGCUUUAGCUGAAAACAGUGGUUUGCCACCUAUUGACACUCUAACCGUGGUUAAAUCUCAACAUGUCAAGGAGAACAAUUCCCGUUGUGGCAUUGAUUGCAAUGAUGUGGGUACCAAUGACAUGAAGGAGCAGAAUGUUUUCGAAACUCUUAUCGGCAAGCAGCAGCAGAUCUUGCUGGCAACGCAGGUUGUCAAGAUGAUUCUCAAGAUCGAUGAUGUUAUCACGCCCUCUGAAUAUUGCUGAUGCCUGGGAACAGCGGAAAUCGACUGUGCUAGGUGUCAUGCGCUCCGGUAGGAAGCAAUUUUCUAGGGGUUGAUUUGGAUUUGCUGACAUGGAGUGGUUGCUUGUUUUGUUUGAUGAGCUAUCUUGUUUUGUGACAAGCUUUCUGGAUACAACAGUGCAAAUCCCGUUGAAACCAGUCUAGUCCUUUGUUGUAUUAUUCAGAUGCUUAAUUCUAUAGUUUGGACCAUUAUUGUCUGCUUUGAA